GCUAAUAGAAAUAAAACAACUAGUUUUCAUUUUUAGUUAGAGAAGUCCUAUAUAGGGCUUAGAGCUAUCGAAAAGUGCAUAGCAAACGCUUAACCUAGGCUACGGUAAAACUAUAAUUUUGCUAAGUAAAAACUUUCUUCUCCUAAAAUCAUAUCAUUUGUGAAAAUCAGCAACAAUAUACAAAAAAUAAUUGGACAAAAUCUUAAUGUCAUUAUUACUUCAUGUUGCAUUGACUACCAUCUCAGCAUAUUAUUUAUUCAUAUGCUGCUCAAUUAUAAUAUUCUAUACUGUUCAUUUACUCAAGAAUUUCUAGUAUUCCAACAAAGAAAUGCUGUUUUUAAAUUUAAAACAGCCCAUAUGGAAAUUAUACACUGUCUUUAUAUUUCUAACAUUAAUUGAUUUAGGACAACAAGAAAAAUGCCAAAAUCAUACAACUAUUGGACCUCCAUUGGAUAAGAAACCUGUAAAUCUUCAGGGAAAUGAUGGAUUUAAUAUGCUUGUAGGAUUUAAAUUUCCAUGCAAUGGAUAUAUAAAUUCAGUAACUAUUGAUAGUUUGGGUAAUAAUUAUCCUUUACAUAUUGGAAUUUGGGAGAGAUUACAGGAAAAUCCAUUGACCUAUGUUUGCAGGAGCAAAAUUGUAAUUCCCGCAUCAGCAACUGCAGGAAUUCGUGUAUUGAAUGUUACUGAAAAAAUUUAUGUAAAAGCAAAUUAUUCAAUUAGUUUUGAUUUUUUAAAAAAUCAUAAACAUAAUAUCAGAAUGACUGAAAAUAUAGACGACCCCAUGGUAUCUGUACUUUAUGAUAGAGCUGUUCUUGAUAUUCAAACUCUUAAAUUGCCCACCGGUCGAGUUGUAAAAAUUCCUGCAUUACAAAAUCCUAGACACUAUGCCAUAAACUUUGAUAUUUCAGCAGAAUAUAAUAAGCAAUCAGAUGUUUGCAAUAACAACAUAACAACAUUUGGUUCACCUAUCAUAAAUAGAGCAGAGGGUGGAGGAGAUCACUUAAAUGUGGUUGUGCAUCCAAGCUUCCCUUGCAGUGGUCGUAUGCUAAGCUUUAAAAUAUUCCGAAAGUAUAACGGAAUAUGUUUUAUUGGAAUUUGGAGGCCACUUCCGGAUCAAGUGUAUCCUUUCAAAUUCAAAUUACUUCAUAUAAUUGAAGUAGAAAAUGCGGCACCAUUGAGUGAGCAAACUGUAACUCUUUCUCAGCCUAUACCUAUUGAAGCGGGUGAUGUCUACAGUAUUAUUCACAAGAAAAACACUAUUCAUGUUAUAGCAAAUCAAUUUGAGAAAACUGAUUAUCCUUCUGUUUGUGCAAAAAAAAUCUUUUUUGAAGAUUUAACUGUUGGUUAUGAACUUGAUUGUAAAAUGGUUACGCAUGUUUUUAGAAUUUACUCAAUUGAAUUUACAAUUGAUAAUGGUAAUAUUUUUAUUUUUUCAUCAUUUAUCAUUUUUUUGCUAGAUCAUUCUUCAUCUUUGCUCUCAUUCCACAUAAAUUAAAAAUGCUUGUGUAGUGUAUAGAAAAUUUCUAGCAAUUCCCUUUGUAUGAAAUUAUUAGGCUUAACGGAUGAAUAUUUAGGUUGAGAAAAAUAUGGGGAAAUAGAGAAAGGAAAAUACAAGAUGAAUGAUUGUUCAUACAUAAUAUCUACUAUUGAUGAAAAGUUAUAGUAAUAAUAUGGUGUGGAUAUUGAAGAAAAUUCAUAUGUUUAUUUUCCAUUUAAAGGAUAAGGAUUAUCUUUUUUUGCUAUUUAACAGACAAA